UUCAGCACAUUUGACGGAUCAUUAUCGUUUGAACACAUUCCAACUUUGAUUCAUUUGAAAAGUCUCUUCUCCUCUUUAUUCACAUCGUACGAGACAAUCAGUCAUCGAUUUACCAUUCCAGACACAAAAAACCCAAUGAAUCAGUACAUGCACACAGCUCGUGAAAUGUCCCGCCUGUUUUGUGGUCAACGCAGUCCGAAGGACAACGACCUAGGCCGAUUAAUCUAUCUGAUUGAAUCAUUUGAUGCGUUCAAUGUGUCCGAUUUUCUCAUACACAUGGAAUCCACCUCACCCGCGGAUGUGGAAUCAAAGGACCAGUCGGAUUACACCGGUCGGCUUCGAGCACACCGACUGAAUGCAUGCGGUCUACUUGAAUACGUGCUGACCUUGAACCCCGUACGGAAUGCUGCCGGUCGGCUGAGACAGUUCCUAUUCGGUCAGACUGCCUACUAUCCUUACACGCCACUAACUGAACAGAUUAUUCGAGAGGCAAGUACGCGAUAUCAGUUGCUGAUCAAAUUGCAUCAGUUGACCAAGUUCUACUUCAACACUACGCGUCCUUGGAUUGAAAAACUUUUCACUAAUAGUUCUCGACUGAAUGCGUUUCGUGACCAGAUGCAGACAUGUGCUGAGGAUGACUUUUUCCUGCCCUCCCAAGUAACGAAAGCCUGUGCGCUCAUCCGUCGUUGGUCCGAUCCCGCAGUGAUUCCGGAAAACUCCACACAGACACAUUGGACCGGGACUUUAAAAAGUGCAGAUUUUCUGUUUGGUUUGAUCGAAUCUGUGCUGGACUGUAUGCAGUUGGAAAAUAGAUUUAUUCCGUUCACCGAUAAAAGCCAGUUUGACGAAUUCCUUGAGCGAAACCAGUUGGAUUUGCUACGCAGUCCAAUUGGAGUGAUUUUUGAGAGUGUACCACUCGUAUGGGAUAAUCAAACGGGACGAGCUACACUUCCACCGGACAAUCAAUCUGACGUGAUUUCGCUUGUGUUUCGCAAAAGCCCGUUCGCAAUAGACACAACAUAUCGGUACAAAGUUCUUGACUAUUAUCGUACCCCAAUCCCCAGACGUCAUCCGUCAACCGAUAUGAAAUAUUUCACCAGUGGAUUUAUCGACCUUCAAGAGGAUUUGAGCCGAGCUAUCGUCCAGCUGACUAGAACACCACCAGACCAGGAGACCUCACGAAUCCAUACAGGCACAGAAUUCAAGCUUUUCCCCACAGCCCCGUUUGUGAAUGAUGGGUUCAUGGACUUUUUUGCACCAAAUUUGCCUCAAUUGAUGGUCCUCGCUUGGUCUCUGACCGUGGUGUCGGCAGUCAAAUACAUGGUGGAUGAGAAGGAACAUGGUCUGACCGAGAUGCUCACUCUGCUUGGUGUGCCCCCCGUACUGGGUCAAGCUUCAUGGUUCACCGUAUCCAUCAUUCUUAUAUUGCUAUCAUGUGUGCCCAUUUUAGGCAUUCUCAAGUUAACCGGGAUUGUAAUGCAUUCGAAUUCGAUGCUAUUGUUCUCUUUCACCAUGUCCUAUGCGAUUGCCAUUCUUUCAUUCGCUGUGAUGUGCAGUUGCCUUUUUCAUCGCGCAAAUCUUGCCGCGGUGGUUUCCGGUUGUGUGUAUUUUCUGUUCUUCUUACCAGCACCUCUGCUGCUGCGCUACGAGAAUUUUCUCUCACCCGAGGUGCUCUAUGGGGCAAGCCUUCUACCUCAGGUCAGUCACGGAUUCGGUUGGGCUUAUUUCAUUCGGUUGGAAAUACACGGGACUGGGGCUCAUUGGAACAGUUUGUGGCACGUUGAUCAUUCCGACGCUCCCUACUCGUUGGGUUUGGCAUUUGUCUUUCUCUGGAUCUCAGUUGUGCUGCAUUUGACCAUAGCCGUGUUUGUGAUUCCCUGGUUUCGAUUCGCUUACCGUUGGGCCAUGCCUGGAUUGACUCGUCUUCUAUACGGCCCCAGUGGACAAGCUACGUAUCACGGUUGGACGAACGCACUACGUGAACAUCGACUAACAGCUUUCCUACGCGAACGACGUCUAGGUAAUAAUACUGAUUUGUCUGAGGGUUCAGCGAUCGCGAAUGGGGUGAAUGGGGUAGGUCACGCGGGCCCGCCGGAGACUCCACCGGCUAUCCGUUCGACAAUUCCGACUGUAGUUAUUCGACGACUAAACAAAACCUACCGAUGUCCGCAUUUUGUCGCCCUGGACAACGUCUCAUUGACUAUGUUUCCGGACGAGAUCACUGCAAUUUUGGGACAUAACGGAGCCGGAAAAACAACAUUAAUGUCUAUUCUAACGGGAACUACACAAUCAACCGGUGGAAUUGUACUCGUUAAUGGUUUUAAUGUUCGUACUCAGAUGGAUGAGGUACGGGAGCAAAUGGGCUAUUGUCCUCAACGUGAUAUACUCUAUUCCGAUCUCACGGUUGCUGAGCAUAUUCGUUUUUACUGUGCCCUUCGUGGGUUGACUGGGAGCAUGCUACGUUCAAAAGUAGACGCUUAUUUGGACGAGUUCAAUUUCCAAACCAAGCGGAACGCAUUAGCUAAAACGUUAUCUGGUGGUCAAAAGCGCAAAUUGUCUGUUUGCUUGGCUUUUGUUGGAGAUGCUUCAGUUGUACUUCUGGACGAACCGACGGCCGGUGUGGAUCCACUAUCCAAACGAGUGAUCUGGGACACCAUACGUGCCAUGCGUCCCGGUCGCACAGUGCUGUUCACCUCACAUCACAUGCGCGAAGCGGAAUUUCUUUCCGAUCACAUUGCCAUUUUAACUCGCGGUCGUGUGUACUGUGCCAGUUCAAGUGUGUCUUUGAGAGCCCAAUACGGAGUCGGUUACGUUCUGACUUUGGAUAAGAGUUCCGUGGUUGAUCAACUAUCCUGGUCCGAUUUAAUUUCAAUAGUUCACAAAUUCAUUCCACAAGCGAUUCGAGUUUCACAGACAAUGAACUGUGUGAAGUUGCGUAUUCCUUUGGAAGCUGCCUUGAAUGGGACUGAUUUGAUUCAACUGUUCCGACAUUUGGAAUCCCAUCCAUGCGGUGUCCGAGUUAGUGUGACAGAUACCUCACUGGAGGAUAUUUUCAUCGAGAUCAUGACUGCGGCUAUGCCAAAUUGGGCUAACACAUCAGACUCAUCUUCUCAACUGCUUGAUUAUACAAAUGAUUUAGACAUGUCUACCAAUGGCCAAAUGAACGGCAUAAGCUCACCAAGUAGAACACAAGCGCUGUCCUCUCCAUUGCCUCAGUGCUCUAUGUCUCCCGUAUCCCUAGGCGGAUAUGUGCCUGAUCUGGAAACUUCCCAGUCUACUUGUACCACCCAUUCGGAAAGCGAGCACUCUUCCUUUGUUCUCAAUCCAGGUGUCUCGUUUGUCUCACAACAAACUGCCGUGGUCUUUGCCAAACGCUGGUAUCAUUUACGUCGAAAGAAACUGCUCUGGGUUUUGGAAUUUCUCGUCCCGUGUACCUUAGUUCUGCUAUCUCUUAUUCUGUUCACACUCUAUCGACCACGUGUUGAUCAACCUCCUAUGGAUCUUCAUCCUUGGCUGAUGACUGCGAAACGCAAAAUCCCGCUAGUUAGUUUCAUUGCAAAUGAGGUCUGUUCGAGUGAAUUCCCACCGAAGCAAGAAUCGACGGCGGCUGUGCGAAUGUAUAACCUUGUUAAUGAAGAUGCUUUCAGUUUAACCGGUGCACGCUGCUUGCCACGAUCUGUAUAUACUCCGAGACCGGAGGACGGACUUGAAUGCCAUAUCCAACCUGCUUCACCAAAGCGGAAUGUGAUUCCUUCCCCCAUAUCCGCGCCUAACUCUUGUGUUUUAACGAAUGCAUCUAAACAUGUGCCGUUUAUUCCACAACGUCAGCUGCCCGUCUCCGGAAUAUUACUCAAUAUGACACACAUUGACAUCCCUCAAUUUAUCCUCCAUUCUUCCGUACCUGGUGAGAUGUACGGUGGUCUGAGUAUAGGCGUGACCCAUUCGAAAUUGACCGCUUCUAAUGAGGCUCUGAUCGACUUGAUGCAAUCGGUUCGUAAGUGGCUGUCUCACUGGCUGUGGGAUUCGUCUGGCACAUUGAAAGUACCCGCAUUGACUCGAAUGUUUGACCUGAACUUUACUACACUGGUUAAGUCACUUCUUCCACCUGUCGAUCGUAUCAGGGUUUGGUAUAAUAACAAAGGAUACGCAGCUGCUCCGGCCUAUUUGAAUCUGCUGCACAAUCUUCAGUUACGGGCCCAUGCAAAUCGAUCACAAACGAGUGCCCCGUCCAUUGGUUUGGUCAUAGCCAAUCAUCCGUUACCAUUUCCCAAAAAUACCUGGUCUUUCACAUUUCGCGAGACAUUAAAGAUCGACGCAGUAUUUUCGUUGUUCCUUCUCCUUGCUCUCUGUUUUAUCCCGGCCAAUUUCUCCGUCCUCCUCGUCGAAGAACGUCAGCUAGGCAUCAAACAUUUGCACUAUGUGUCCGGAUUGCGACCCCAUUUAUAUUGGUUUGUGAACUACGCUUGGGAUUGGCUGACCUAUUCCUUGAUGGCUUUGAUCUGUGUGAUAUUUUUGGCCCUGUUUCAAAAAUUGGCUUUUACCAGUAUUAUCGCCGUGGGCCCGUUCAUUCUAAUCAUGCUUUUGCAUGGCUGUGCCAUUAUUCCCCUGAUCUAUUUGACCACAUUCGUGUUUCGACAACCCAGUACCGCAUUCGUCCUAAUCUGUGCGUUCAACAUGCUCGUGGCCACGGUGACCACAUCGGUCAGCUUCUUUCUCGAACUAUUAACACUACAAGAACCGAGUUUGCAACCACUGACCACCCGUGUCCAAUUGGUUUUGCGCAUCUUUCCGCACUAUUGUCUUGGCAGUAGUAUCUACGAUUUGUCAGUGACACGUUUCCUCGUCGAGCAAGGUUUGUUGCCUGAACAGACCAGUUCGUCAAUCUGGACGCUACUCUAUCCGCGUAUGCUUUGUCUCGUCGCGCACACGAUUUGUUAUUUGUUCAUUCUGGCCCUGAUCGAAGAACGAUUUCGUUGGAUACACGGAUGUGCUUUGCGCGGUCGACGCAAAACCGCACCAACUCCGGCUUGGGAUCUGGAAUUGGCAAAUGGACAGUUUAUGCCUUUGACACCGGACAAAGCGACUCUGAAUGAAAAUUCGGCCGUUAUUCAAAUCAAACACCUUUCCAAGCGUUAUUAUGGACAAUCCCGUCCAGCAGUGAAUAAUCUGAACUUGAAUAUACACGCUGGCGAGUGUUUUGGUCUGUUGGGUACUAACGGAGCCGGUAAAUCGACCACGUUUGCAAUGCUGUCUGGUCAGUUGUCUGUAAGACCGGACACUGUGACCUUGAACGGAUAUGACCUCGCUCGACAGCUGUCCGAAGCACACCAAUUCAUGGGAUUUUGUCCGCAAUCCGAUGCAUUACACGAUUUCCUAACCGCACGCGAGACUCUGAUCAUGUAUGGGCGAUUACGUCAGCUAUCUGGAUCGCGACUUUAUUCGGUCGUACGUCGUUUGCUUCACAGUACCGGGCUCGAGUCAUACGCAGACCGACUAGUUUGUACCUUCUCCGGGGGAACCAAGCGUAAACUAUCGGCAGCGAUCGCGUUCAUCGGUGACCCCAAAGUGAUUCUACUAGACGAACCCUCUAGCGGGAUGGAUCCGGGUGCACGAAAAUUGCUCUGGCGAUUGGUCCAGUCGGCCGUACGCCGGGGUUGUGCAGUCGUGUUGAGUUCACACUGUAUGGAGGAAUGUGAAACCUUGUGUGAUCGCGUCGGUCUUUUGGUAGAUGGUCGCAUACGAUGUGAUGGGGGCCCGUUGGAGUUGAAAGUACGUUACAGUGUGGGCUAUCUGGUCGAUUUAGAAUUGACUACAUCCGCAAUCGAGCUGGGACGGGAAGAAUUGGAGUCCCGGCUAGGUGUUGUUCUGCCCGGGAUCCAGCUACGUUAUCCGCUGACCGCUCGACAACAGUAUUCCUACUCCAAUCGCGACCAGUUGUCCUCCUUGUUCGAAGCAUUGCAUAACCUUAGACAAGAACAUUUGGUCAGACAUUUCUCGGUGAAGCACAGCACAUUGGAAGAUGCGUUUGUGCGCUGUAUCAACCAAUCGGAAACAUCCUCAUCUAUGUGA